UUUUUGAAAUAAACCUCCAGCAUCAGCAGGACUCCGAAGUCCGUAGGCAACAAAGAGAAAAUGCCUAAGCUCUCCGUACGAAAUUGAUAAUGAUUUUCCAUAACUCCAUAGCAAUCUCCGUUUCAGUUUCCGGCUAAAUCGACAGCACUAACUUGUUCUCAGUUGUAAAUCUCCGCCGUCAGAUUACAGCCUGGCCGGUUUUUUUUUUUUUUUUCGGUGUGGAGCUUCCGGUGACAAGCUCAGAACCGGCGUCGUUUCUUCUUAAUUAGCAGUGCAUGUUGUUUAAUUAUGUACCAAAUGCUCGAGCAUUUGAUCCGGAGCUUUAAUGCGAAAACUAAAUUUUGAGCUUCUUUGUGUAUACGAAUACUUGAAUUUUCCAUCAGUUUUUAUUUUUUUAUUUUUUUAUUUUUUUUUGGGAUUAGUCCGUUUUUAAGGAUUAGGAAAUUCAUGGAGCAGAGCGAAACGGCUUCGGAUUUCGCACCGAAAAAGUUGGCGAGGCAAUUGGAUUUCACGACCGCGUGCCGAGCGUCGUCCGCGAAUGUCGUGUUGCCGGAGCAGUCGGAGACUCGGCCACAACAAUCACAGUCCCUUCCAAGGCCACCACAGCCCAACAACCAAGCACAGUCGUCGCCAGGUCAAUUGCAAUCGCGUUCACAGUCACAGUCGCAGAAGGCGCAGUAUCAGAAACAAUCGCAGCCAGUGUUGCAAACUCGCCCAAAUCCCUUGCCGACGGCGCAUCAACAUCGAAUUCCUCACCCGGUGCACAAACUUCCGGUAGAGACGGUGCAAGCUGUCAAGCAAGAGUUUCCUAGGUCACACCCCUCCAUUGAAGUAAAAGAAUGCACCCCAAAGAAACAAAAGCAAUGUAAAUGUAGAAAUUCUCGAUGCCUGAAGCUGUAUUGUGAGUGCUUUACAGCUGGAAUUUACUGUGAUGGCUGCAACUGCAUAAAUUGCCAAAAUAAUGUGGAAAAUGAGAAUGUUAGGAAUGAGGCAAUCGGAGCAGUCUUAGAGCGUAAUCCAAAUGCAUUCAAACCAAAGAUUGCCAGCAGUCCACAAGAAUCUCGAGAUGGUAGGGAAGAUGCAGGUGAACUUCAAUCUGCAGGAAAGCACAACAAAGGAUGUCAGUGUAAGAAAUCAGGGUGUCUCAAGAAAUAUUGUGAAUGCUUUCAAGCAAAUAUUCUUUGCUCUGAAAACUGUAAAUGUGAGAACUGCAAGAACUUUGAAGGAAGUGAAGAAAGAAGAUCUCUAUUUCAUGAUGACCAUAAUGCCAUGGCCAACAUUCAACAUGCAGCUAAUGCAGCCAUUAAUGGGGCCAUUGGAUCCUCAGGUUAUGGGAACCUUACAGUAUCCAGAAAGAGAAAAACCCACAGACUCUCUUCAAGCAUAGGAACUAAAGAUCAGUCCAUUCACAUGAAUGCACAAGGUCAAGAGGAAAGUCAUUUAAGUGCUUUCAUGCCCCCUUCUCAGAUAUCUCUUCCUGUUUGUCACCCUGCUAAUACAGAAGCAUUGCGAUCUUCAAGGCUCACAUACAGAUCUUCAUUGGCGGAUGUCCUCCAACCACAGAACGUGAAGGAUUUCUGCUCCGUUUUGGUUGUGGUUUCAGAAAGAGCUGCAAAGAGAUGUUCAGAAAGAAGGCGAAAUGAGAGAAGCAAUAAAACUUCUUCAUUCACUCAAGAGCCAGAACACGGUCAAAAAGAGCUCGAUGUUCAUAAUUCUGUCCAAGAUGGCUAUUUGGAAGGGAAGCAAGCAGAUACAGACGGAAGUAGUGAUUCCAGAUCAGAUGGAGAUGAUGUACAAAAUAAUCGACCGAUUUCCCCAGGAACACUAGCAUUGAUGUGUGAUGAAAAAGACAUGAUGUUUGGGGAAGCUGUUUCUCCCAAUGGAGUGAUACCGUCGGGUCAAAACACAUUGAAGUCAUCAAACGGGCUUGGUUGGACAGAUGUAUAUGCAGAGCAGGAAAAAUGUAUCCUGACAGAGUUCCGUGAUUUACUUCGCGGUCUGAUCAUAUGUGGGAGCACAAAAGUAGAAGAAACUGCGUAUCCACCGGCCAAAAGUGAAACAGGAAGCAAAGAACCACUUUAGCUGGCGCCGCAAGGGUAUAUAACAAGGAGGCUUAUGGCAAUGGCAUUUUGACAUCUCUUCUUUCAUCCACUGCUGAAAGUUUUAACUCAGCCCUAGCAGUCCCUUCGCCCAGUGAAAAUGGGACUCCAGGUGAUAAAAGCCAAGAACUGAGAGUUGGAACACGGGAUAAAACAUAAACGUUUUUCAGUUGCUCUCGGCAAGCCAAAAGAUGUAGGUAUAAUUUCAUACUCUUCUUGUUCCAUUUAGAUGUUGACCUUAGGCCUUUAGAUCUUAGACAUGUGGUUGAUGGAAUAACUAAUUGUAGCUCGAUUCUUUUUCUUAUCUUAUCAGAAAAUAAUUAUGCAUAUUUGCUUUUUGAGCUGGUGCAUAAAAUUUUCAAAUAAUUUAAAGUUUGCUCUCUAGUGGUGGUUGUUAUUUUGUAAUUAUGCGCUCAAAAUGACCAUCAGCUCGAUUAUUUUAAUAAGAUGCAUUGGUUCCCAACUUUAUGUUGGGCUUUUCAGCUUUCUGCUUUUCA